CUCAAAAAACGCACUAACCUUCUCAUUCCCUUUCAGUUUCUCCAAUUACUUUUGGUAGACAUACGUAUAUAGAGCGAGCGAGUUUGUUGCCGGUGUCCCAUAAUGUCAAAAACUGGAGCACUGGAUCUGGCUGCGGGUGUUGGUGGAACGAUCGAAAAAAGCCAAGUCCUCUCCGCCGUCAACAAGUACGAGAAGUAUCAUACCUGCUAUGGAGGGAAGGAGGAAGAAAGGAAAGCUGAGUACCGUGACGUGGCCAAUAAAUAUUAUGAUCUUGCUACCAGCUUUUAUGAGUAUGGCUGGGGAGAGUCCUUCCAUGUCGCACGCAGAUGGAAAGGGGAGUCUCUAAGAGAGGGCAUGAAGAGACACGAACACUUUAUCGCAUCGCAGCUAGCCUUAAAACCGGGACUGAAGGUGCUGGACGUAGGGUGCGGAAUUGGUGGACCGCUCAGGGAGAUAGCUCGAUUCAGCUACACCUGCAUUACGGGAUUAACCGACAAUGCGUACCAUGUUAAAAGGGGACAGGAACUGAACCGCAUCGCAGGCGUUGACAAGACAUGUAACUUUGUUAAGGCUGAUUUCAUGCAGAUGCCAUUCCCCGACAACACAUUUGAUGCAGCUUAUGCUAUAGAAUCUACCUGCCACGCACCUGAUGCUUAUGAAUGUUACAAGGAGAUUUACAGAAUACUGAAGCCUGGUCAGCAUUUUGCCGCUUAUGAGUGGUGUAUGACUGAUUCCUUUGAUCCGAACAACCAAGAGCACCGAAAGAUUAAGGCCGACAUUGAGAUUGGAAAUGGUCUUACAGACAUCAGGCUGACUGGGCAGCUCAUUGAAGCUCUAAAACGAGCAGGUUUCGAGGUCAUAUGGGAGAAAGAUCUGGGUCCCGACUCUGACAUCCCUUGGUACGCACAUAUGGAUAAAAAGCGUCUAUCAUUGACUAGCUUCCGCACAACGGGUAUUGGGCGUUGGAUUACAUCACUCACGGUCAAGGCUCUUGAGUAUGUGAGGCUAGCCCCAGAAGGGAGCGUAAGGGUUCAAGAAUUUCUGCUGCAAGCGGGUGACGGCUUAUACGAAGGCGGAAGGAGAGAAAUUUUCACGCCAAUGUACUUCUUUCUGGCUCGGAAACCUAUAUCCAAGAGCCCGUGACGGUGGGGGUAACGACAGAGAAAUGUGGCAGUGGCUCGUAACACGUUAUCUUCUGAGUUUAUUUGUAUUAGCAACUCCUCCUUAUUAAAACAUGAUGUUUGCUCAAUGAGAGCAACUUUAUCUUUUCCAGUUAUCUAAUGUACCGGGUGGAGAACUUUCUUCUCGCCAUGAUCGUUUAUAACCAUGUCAAGUCUAUC